GACCCGGAAGAGUAAGCUCCUCACGCUCUAAACAUUUCAUACAUUUUUGGUAGUGAGCAAGUUAUUAUUAGAAUACAAAGGGUUGCAUGCUUUUUCAAAACCGCUGCUUGAUAUUUGCUAAUUUCUUCCUGGUUGUUUUGGAAAGGUGAUUAGCCACAUUGCCAGAUAGAUAAGGCUUUUCUGUUUUAUGACCAGCUCACCUGUCAAAAUGAGGCUAGCAGUUAGCAUGCGCAGCUCCCUGGAGUAAGGCAGGUGGACUGGAUCAUACAACACUUUCUAAUGUUCUGUGUACAAGAUCAGAAAUAUUAAAUGGCCUCACGACAAGCGUUUACGGACUCUGACACUGCGGACGAAGCGGUCAGGGCCACAUGUGACGAUGCUACUUUAAGCAAACGGUUUGCAACCAGUAAGGGAUAUUGGAAGGACCUUUAUAUCCAAUAUUUUGCAAGAUCUGUAGGAGAACGUAAAGCCCCAGAGAUAAACAGAGGUUACUAUGCUCGUGUUAAAGGAGUCAACCAUCUUCUUGAUGCUUUCAUUCGGAAAACUGAAUGUGACUGUCAAGUUAUCAAUGUUGGUGCAGGACUGGACACCACUUUCUGGAGACUAAAGGAAGAGAACCUCUUGCCGAGGAAGUACUUUGAAGUUGAUUUUCCAACAGUUGUGGCCAGAAAAAUUCACAAUAUAAAGACAAAACCUCCACUAUCUAAACUGCUCAUUGAAACUCACUCAACAGACUCCUUACUAUUAGACGCUAACAGCCUUGACUCUGACCGCUACUGCCUCAUUGGAGCAGACCUCAGGGACAUCUCCAGUUUGGAUGAAAAGAUGAAGAAAUUUCAACUUAAUCCAGAAUUACCUACAGUGUUUGUGUCGGAGUGUGUCCUAGUGUACAUGUCCCCCACGCACUCUUCAAAUCUUGUUCGCUGGGCCUCAGAGAUGUUUCACACAGCUAUGUUCAUCAGCUAUGAACAGGUGAACAUGAGCGAUCGCUUUGGUCAGGUGAUGAUAGAGAACCUGCAGCAUCGUCACUGCACUCUGGCUGGAGUGCAGGUCUGUCAGUCUCUGGACAGUCAGAAGGAGAGGUUUCUGAAGGCCGGCUGGGAGCAUGCGGAUGCCCUGGACAUGAUGACGGUGUACGGUAUGCUCCCCCAAGAAGACGUGGAGAGAAUUGAACGACUGGAAUUCCUUGAUGAGAAGGAGCUACUGCAGCAACUGCUUCAGCACUACAGCAUUUGUUGGGCCACAAAGGACAAACUUAACCUCGGGUUGGUGCACUUGGCAUUUUGAAGAAGGCGGGGUUACGACUUUCACAUCUGUACUCGCCAACAUCAACAGAGAAACGAAAAGGAAUCAUGAAAAAGAGGAAGUGUGUGAUGACCCCACAGGGCAUCAUCAUGGACCUUCUCUCAAAGUGUAAAUCAGUCCUUUGACACAAUGUGCUUCAUGAGUGUCCUUCACCGCUUUCCAUCAGGUUUGAGAUAACACAGGACAGAGUAAUUAGGAGUUUUAGACUGGCAGUGUGGUGCCAUGUGCAGAGUCAAUCAUUUAUAAAACAUUUCCAACCUUCUGAUAUUUCAUCUGUAAAUGUACAACCAAUACAAGGAUGAUCGUUAUUUAAAAUGUUACGUUUGAUUUGCCAUUUGUCUGCAACUGUGUGAACAGCAAAAGAUCAUUUUUGGAAAGAAAGUUGUUUCAGUAGUUAAAAGUCUACCUGCGAAACUUGUUCAUAUACAAGCCUGUUAUAUAAAUUAUGUGCCAAUAAAAAUAAAAUGAGUAGCUUCAAAUCUCGCUCAGGGAAGGCAUCUGGUGUAAUUCUGGGAUUGAUUUGUUACAGGGCACCAAAUCACAGUAUAUGGUGCCCUGUAACAAACCAGUCAAAGAAUAAUCAGGAGAAAACACAGUCAAAGAAAACUAUAGGCCAUUUUUUUGUAUUGAAAUAUUUCAAUACAACAGACUUAAAACAAUGACGUCUG